AUGUGUUACACUAAAAUUCAAGUACGGGCCACUCUUUUGGGCAGUGAAGGAAGUCAAGACUGGGGCUUUGUGGAUCCAAUCGACGCGGAACUAAGUAGCUUCAGAAUUGAUGUGAUCAAAGAAGAAGACGAAGAUGGAAACGAUACGUUGAACAGCGAGAAAACGAACGGCGACAAAUGCGAAAAGGACAGCGGAGUCGGAAGAACCGACGAGAGCACGAAAAAUGACGAAAGCUCCGGACCCGACGUCGUAGAGGAAGCUCGGCCGUCGCAAAACUCUCGUAAAAAUUCGCAGGAAAACGGCGACAAACGCUUAGUUAAGGACGAUUCAAACACGCGCGAACGAAAGAGUAGUAGUUCCACGCGUGGUAAGGAGGACCGAGCGUUUUCUCCCAUACGGUCGGGAGAAAACUGCUCUGGGAAAUCUCGGGACAAUUCAUCACCGGGCGAGAAAGACUCUAGUCGAAAUCACAAGGAGCGCUCUCCCGAAAACGGUCGUACACGCCGCCAUAGCAGUGGAUCUCCAACUAAAAGUCUUUCACCUACGCACAAUGGAGGAUCGCCUCCCAGAAAGGAUAGAGACAAGGAAAAGAGUAAAGAACGGAAAAAGAACAGAGAUUCACACAAAGACAAUCAUGAAACUCGCGGUGAACGAGAUCGCAGUCGACACUCCGACCAGAAGCGUAACAGUAAACUAGGCAACGUAAGCAGGACAAUUCGUGCGUCUUACAUAAGAGCCGUGAACAAGGACUCGACUCAACACAUCAAUUUGAUUGGCGAGUCGGAUUGUUUCGGUGGAAGGGGUGAUUAUCACGACCAUCGUAGCAAACAGAAGUCAAAUCUCACUGACAAUCAAUCUCUAAACGGAUCUCAACAGAACAUUGAAUGGAAAGUUCGAAUGUCCAAAGACGGUAGUCAGAUUUUUGUUCGCAAAAGGCCUGCCACUGCAGCGAGGCAGGCGAGGAAUAAACUUCUGCGCGACCGUGCCCAAAAAAUUACCGACGAACGCAAAGGCAUGACAACUGAUGACGACACACAAACCGUUUACCAAGGCCGUUACUGGCCGAGAGAGGACCGGAGACGACACUUAGAACGAGUGCGGGAAGCGCGCCGAAAGAAAAUCCAAAAACUACAACAGCUGAAAGAAUCCGAGAGCCCGCACACGGGCAGCGGUUCGGAGAGUGGCAAAGGACGCCGGGAUAUCAUCGUUGAGAUGAGUCACAGAAAAAUGAACAGGAAGCAGUUUGAUGACUUUACAACAGUUCGUGAAUAUCUAACUCAACGAAACCCCGACGGGUCCCCCGUUGGUCCGAUUCACGUUACCACUGUGUGA